GCAUCAUCCGCACGAAGGCGAAGAUCCCUCGCUUGAAGCUUGGUGAAGAGGAAACUCGCCUUAGAGAUUACAACGGUGAGCCCCCCGAAUGGUACGAUGAGUUCCUUGAGCGAGCCAGUACCCAGAAGAUGUUCGUCCUCGAUCGUCGUCGCGGAUAUGAGCAAGACUGCCACGCAAACCAUCUCGACUGUCCCGAGGAAGUCAUCCUCUUGGCCGGAUCCAAGGGCAAUGUGUAUACCGUCACCAUCUCUCACCUGACCUCAUGUACUUGUCCCGUGACAAUCUACAGCAAGACAGGGGAGGAAAAGCAAUGCAAGCAUGUUCUAUACGUGCUGCAUCACGUUCUGAAGGCGCCCGAGCAUCUCCGCUACCAGGCAGCUUUCCUCACGUCUGAACUGAAGGAGAUCUUCGCCCACGCACCUCUACCCUCGACCGUGUCUGCCCAGGGAGAUGCAGACGCCGGCAAGCGCCGGCCGAUCGAAGGCGACUGUCCGAUCUGCUUUACCGAACUCGGAGGAGAUGACGCGUCGGUCGUCUGGUGCAGGAGCUCCUGCGGGAACAACAUCCACAAAGUGUGCUUCGAGGCCUGGGAGCGAUCCAAGCCACCGGGGCAGACAACUUGUCCAUUCUGCCGUGCUUUCUGGCACCCAAGUACUGCUGUCCAUCAGCCACAGUAUGAGUUCGACAGGGCGACCGAGGUGGGCAGAGGCGGCUAUCUCAAUGUGCUUAAGCAGCUCGACUACGACUGAUGUGGCGGACGCGAAAGAUGCAUGGGAAUGAUGAUUGGGAUGCACGAGUCAUUGCGUAUUUUCGUUUGACAAGGCUGGACGAAUGAUUAUGAUAUCGUUCUGUCCUGGCUUGAAAACAGUCCGAAAGCCCAUGAACGCGAGUUUCCUUUCUGAGGAUGGACGGGAUUAAUUUGG